CCUCUCCAGGUCUUUCCUCUUUCAAUUUGUGACGGCAUCGUCGUCCAAAAGCCCCAAAAUCUCUCUCUAGGGUUUUCACGGGUAAGAUCCCAAAUCCCUAGUUUUUCCCAAUUCCAACUCCUAGAGUUUCGAUUUUAAGGUAAUGUACAUAUUUGGGGUUGAUUCCCGCGAAAUUUUGGUCUUUACCGGUUUUUGAUUGAGGGCUUUGGUUUUUUCGAAUUCGCGUUUGAAUUUCCACGAAGGUUGGGGUUUAUCUGAGUUAAGAUUUGUGCGGUUGGUGUUUGAUUUUUGUUGGGGAAGUCUUGGAUUGUUUAGGGAUUUUUUUGUUGGAGAUUUCAUUGGUUGGGAUUUAGGGUUUUUGUUGGUUUAGAGUUGAAUUGAUGGCUUCGGUGGGUGAGGAGGAUGCGGAUUAUGACAGUGAUCCGGAGGAAGCGAAGCGAUCUCUGGCGAUGCGGAGGAGAGCAGCGGCGAGCGAUGACGAGGAAGGUGAAGAGGAGGUGAGGGAGAAGCCAAGGGUGGAUCCAAGGGCCGUGGUUCACUCCGAUGAAUCGGAUGAUCAGGGUGGGGCGGCUGAGUACGAUGAUGACGAAGAACUAGAGGAUGAAGAAGAAGAGAUUGAUGAAGAAGAAGAGGUUGAGGAGGAAGUUGUGGAAGAAGAGGACUUGGAAGGAUAUCAGGAGAGCGGCCGUGAAGGCGAGACAGGUGGCAGGGUUGAGGUUUUGGCUGUUAAGGAAAUGGAAGGUGAUGGGCGGAGGUCUGUGGAAGGGUCCGUGGAUGGGAAUGGGGGUAAUCAGGUCGAAGAAGGGGAGGAGAAGAAGGAGAAUGAGCCAUUCGCAGUGCCGACAGCGGGUGCAUUUUAUAUGCAUGAUGACCGUUUCAGGGACAAUUCUGGUGGUCGGCACAGUAGGCGAACACAUGGUGGAAGGAAGCUGUGGGAGUCCAAAGAUGAAAGGAAAUGGGGGCACGAUAAGUUUGAAGAGAUUACUUUGCAGGAAAGGCACUACGAAGAGGGAAAGAAACCUUUGAAGGGUCCUUAUGUAGGUCGCGGAAGAAACCGAGGUAUUGAUCGUGGGAGUACCAGAGGAAACAGGUCUAAAGAAUAUGACAAUAAUAAUCUACAGGUAUCCAAGGGUGUGAGAGGGAGAGGGCCCAGGAGGUAUGAACCGGCUUUUAGGAAUAACAGACAGGCACAGCCAACACAAAACAAGCAGUUUGGAAGGCCUGCCGAGAAAAACAUACAAAGUAAUUCAGAGAGAACAUUUACUCCCAACUCAAAUGCACAAUCUGACCAAGUUUUUGCUGGGAAAAAUGUCUUUGCCUCAAGCUUGAAUUCAGCUUCUCCUCCUUUUUACCCAUCAGGUUCUUCCAGUUCCAAUAAAGACAUCACUCUUACCCAAAAGCGGGAUGUACAGUCUGGGAGUGGUAAGAGAAAUGUUCGGUCUUCUGUCAUGCGGGAGAGUUUCAAUGUGCCCCAAACCAAUGCAUUGGUGCGAGGGAAGAAUAUAGCUGAAUCUGUUGAUAUGGACAAGCUUUAUAUUAAUGACUCUAUCAACCCAGCUGCUGGGAAGACUUUGACUAACAUACAAAUGUCACCUUCUGGGUCAUUUGUAAAUACCACUCAAGCUCCCCAGUCUAGGGUUCAAGGAAGGGGCGUUAUCCCAGGACAGAUGAGUUAUCAACCGGUGUCUCAGAACCAAAUGACAAGAGCUUCUCCAUCAACACAUCUCCAUGCUGUUCGGCACAAUCCUGCUCAAAAUCGAUCUCAACUGGCUCUGCAAGCUCCUGCUCAGCAGAUGGGACAACGCCCUGGAAGUGGAUCUCAAGCUUCCUCUCCGCCCAAAACAACCAUGUCAUCAAAUUCCUUCAAAUCGGAAGAAGUUGAAUCACCUUCAGAUUCAAUUAAAUCUCAAGGUGCCCUGGUUGCGAAGGGAAAAGGCAGUGUUCAGGGUAGUGGAAGGGGCACUCUUACGUAUGGCGGAGCUCCGGUUAUGCGACCCACUGGGAGUAUGGAUGUUAAUCAUGGAGAUAUUAACUUUCCUGGUACUCCAGCCUUUUUGCCUGUCAUGCAAUUUGGUGGCCAGCAUACUGGGGGUAUGGGAGUUCCUGCUGUUGGCAUGGCAUUCCCUGGAUAUGUUGCUCAGCCACAACUUGGCGGUUUAGGAAAUUCGGGCGAAAUGACAUGGUUACCUGUAUUGGCGGGUGCUGCAGGAGCAUUGGGGGCAACAUAUUGCCCUCCCUAUAUUACUGUUGAUGGUUCUUAUCAUGCUCGCCCAUCAGGACAAACAUCUUCUGUGGGUUCCUUGAGCAAAGAGAAAAAUUCAAAUAAAACCAAUAACGAAUGGAAGCCUUCACAAAAGCCUGAGAUUGCGGGAGAUGAAUAUGGGCAGCGACAAAACAAGCCUCGCAGAUACUCACAGAUGAAUGUGGCCAGUGAAGUACUUCAAAAUAAAACGGAGCUUGUUUGAAUAAGCAGAUAAAGUCCUUCGUUCAGCCCUUUGUGAUCUUCAGCUUAUGUUCUGGGGCACUUUGGGCCACUGUGUUCCAAGAUAUCUUAGCAGUUAUGUAUGACAAACACCUGCUCAUGCUGUACUCAACUUAAGAUCAACAUUUGCGGCUUGACAGGUGGCAUUCCUUGUUUACAUGUUCGGUUUUCUUGUGGUUUGGUUUUUUAUCGAAAAGCUCGUGAGAAAUGAAGACGGGCCUCCUCAUAAACUACUAUAUAAAGAAAAUGGAAAAAAAAAGUACAAAGAAUUGUUGUGCAGCAGCAGUUCCGUCGGUCGGAGUUUCAAAAGGUUUUUUUUUAUUUUUACAUAUAUAGAUGCAUUGGUUUUUUUGUUUAUUUAUAUUGUUGAAAGACCUUUGUGUUAGUUUAUUUUCCUUGUUUAGCUGGGGAGUUUGCACCUGCUUGAAUAUUUGAAGGGUAGAGUUUCUUGAUUAUUGAACCGUCGAUAAUGUAAUCACUGUUUGCCUUGAUAAGUGAAUUAAUUAUGUUUAAUUGGAAAUUUUUAGCUGA